GGAGUUGGCUCCAGACAAGACUGGUAGGACGCGUUUCUUCGAGGCCAACAUGGCGUGUGCCUUCCGCAGGUCUAUCGCCUGUCAGCUUUCCAGAAUAUUGGAUCUUCCCCCAGAAAACUUAAUCAAGUCAAUAUCUGCUGUUCCAAUUUCCAGAAAAGAAGAAGUAGCUGAUUUUCAGCUUUCUGUGGAUUCUCUGUUGGAGAACAAUGACCAUUCAAGACCAGGUAUUCAAGUUCAAGCCACAAGAUUGGCAGAGAAGCUCAAGUGUGAUACGGUGGUGAGUGAAAUCAGCACUGGUCAAGGGACUAUAAAUUUCAAAAUAAAUAGAGAACUAUUAACAAAGACAGUGCUAAAUCAAGUCAUUGAAGAUGGCUGUAAAUAUGGAUUGAAAAGUGAGCUUUUCUCUGGUCUUCCCCAGAAAAAGAUUGUGGUGGAAUUCAGUUCACCUAACAUUGCCAAAAAAUUUCAUGUUGGACAUUUGCGUUCUACCAUCAUAGGAAAUUUCAUAGCAAAUUUCAAAGAAGCUUUAGGACAUCAAGUAACCAGAAUAAAUUACCUUGGAGAUUGGGGCAUGCAGUUUGGUCUUCUGGGAACUGGAUUCCAACUAUUUGGCUAUGAAGAAAAACUCCAGUCCAAUCCUUUACAGCAUCUCUUUGAAAUUUAUGUACAAGUUAAUAAAGAAGCAGCAGAUGAUAAGAGUGUAGCAAAAUCAGCACAUGAGUUCUUCCAGCGAUUGGAACUGGGUGACGUACAAGCGCUUGCACUAUGGCAAAAAUUUCGGGAUUUGAGCAUAGAAGAGUACAUUCGGAUUUACAAGCGUCUAGGAGUACACUUUGAUGAAUACUCAGGAGAAUCAUUUUAUCGUGAAAAAUCUCAAGAAGUCUUAAAGUUGCUGGACAGUAAAGGACUCCUGCAGAAAACAAUAAAAGGAACAGCUGUAGUGGAUCUUUCUGGGAAUGGCGACCCCUCUGCAAUUUGUACUGUAAUGCGAAGUGAUGGAACUUCUCUCUAUGCAACCAGAGAUCUUGCAGCAGCUAUAGAUCGAAUGAACAAGUAUAAUUUUGAUACAAUGAUUUAUGUGACAGAUAAAGGACAAAAAAGGCACUUUCAGCAAGUGUUCCAAAUGCUGCAGAUCAUGGGAUAUGACUGGGCAAAAAGGUGCCAACAUGUGCCCUUUGGCAUAGUACAGGGAAUGAAGACUCGAAGAGGAGAUGUUACUUUUCUGGAAGAUGUCUUAAAUGAGAUUCGAUUAAGGAUGCUACAGAACAUGGCUUCUGUUAAGACUACCAAAGAGCUCAAGAACCCACAGGAGACUGCAGAGAAGGUUGGGCUUGCAGCGCUCAUUAUUCAGGACUUCAGAGGUUUACUCUUAUCUGACUAUCAGUUCAGCUGGGAUCGUGUUUUCCAGAGUCGUGGGGACACAGGUGUCUUCCUGCAGUACACACACGCCCGCCUCCACAGUUUGGAAGAGACUUUUGGAUGUGGUUAUCUAAAUGACUUCAACACUGCUUGUUUACAAGAGCCACAGUCUGUUUCAAUUCUCCAGCAUCUUCUCAGGUUUGACGAAGUGCUUUAUAGAUCAUCUCAGGACCUUCAACCCAGACACAUUGUCAGUUACCUUCUAACACUAAGUCAUCUUGCAGCGGCAGCACACAAAACACUACACAUAAAAGGGAGUCCUCCUGAAGUCGCUGGGGCCAGACUUCAUCUUUUCAGAGCUGUCCGUUCUGUCCUAGCCAAUGGAAUGAAACUUCUUGGAAUAACACCUGUAUGUAGGAUGUAAUUUCUAAUUAAAAUAGCUUUUUAAAUACUAAAUUAAUUCUAGUUAUCUAUUCUUAUAUGCCUUGCUGAGUAGAAUUUUAAGCUGUUCUGUAUCAGAAUCUAUAUAUUAUUAAGUCUAUAAGUGAUUUAUCAACUUAUUAA